GUCUGAUGGCUGAAGAACUCAACACGACGACACUGGUUGGUACCCGAAAAUGAAAACUUACUGCACGAACAAGAUGACUUGCUUCAAGCGGUUGUAUUAGCAUGCAAUGGAAACUCUAGGAAAUCUCCCACGAGAUGCAGAAAGGUAUUAAAGGUCGCUUGCUUGUAAUUUUGACCUAGAAGACGUGAGAAAUGCGUGGCUGUCUGAAGCCGUUUUCGUCAUGUCUUAAAAAGUGGAUUGAACAUACACCGCGUUUUUCUUCUUCGCCGGUGGUUUCCUUAUGUGGCUAUCACAACGACCCUUGUCUCCAAAAAAACACUCUUAUGAACUAGAUUACCCCAAACGAAUAUUUUGUGUCCCACUUGAGCUCAUGUCUGUUCCUUGUUGAUCUUUAAACCCUGCUAAUAAUGUAGAUGCGAUGACAAUAUAUAUUGUACUUGACAAGAAUUAUAUGCCCUUAAAAUCUGAAUUUAAGUUACAUUAAGUCAAAUUAUUGUAAAUGAAAACUUUUCUUGUGAAAGUGAAAGAAGUAGCUUCAAAUGUGUACCUUGCAUAUUUUAAGAACUUUAUUUGCUCACCUAAUAGAUAGAAAAUCCGUGCAUUGCAGUCAGAUAAUUAAACAUUUCCCCUUGAAUUCAGUUUCAGUGCAUUUCCACGUUAUUUCCGCUUACGGAAAUGCACUUAAUUCUAGCUACUUUUUAGUUUUUAAUUUAGCUGCUUUCUCUCGUUAGAAGAUAUACUCUAACAUUAAGGCAAGUUCUCCAUUUUUCUAGAAUCUGUCGCAUGUAAAUGAGGAAAUACCACUAAAUUUUUAUCAACAUCAUAGUUUUCUACUUUGUAUCCUCUUUAUGCAUUGUAAUUAGGGGGGAAACAUUGGUGAAAAAUAAUCCCGUACUAGAGUCAGUAAGGCCUGUAUACACAAGUGGGCAAGUUGCGGACAAAAUUAAUUUUAAGCAAAAAAAUUAAUGUUGUGACAAUAGAAUUGUGUCCUUGCCAGAGAAUUUUGUUUCUUUUUUUAAGAUUGUUAGUGUCAGUAAAGGGGACCUGUGAUUACCCCAGUAACCUGUCUUCACUCUGUGUACUUAAUUGCAACAUGAACUUUGUUGUUUCAGGUGUUAAAUUAAGCCUUGAAAACUUGUCAUGCCAGUGAAUACAAACCAGUGUAUAACAGCCCUGUAUAAUCCGGUCACCCUGUAUAUUACAGUCACGGCAACUUCCCAAAAUUUUCAGUUGCCUUAUAUUUUUUGCAAAGUUUACCUGUAUAUAGCGGUCACCCUGUAUAUAACAGUCACCUUGUCACAGGGUGCAAAGAAAAUCAUUUUUACAGCUUGCCAUUCGGGCAAGCUAAAGCUAGCACUUACUAGCCCAGACGUCAUUUCAACUAGCCCCCAAAACUUUUUGUUCUUCUGUUAUUCAAAUUCCUCAUAAAACAUCACUUGCCCGUCGGGCAAGUUAAAAACAGAAUUCACUAGCCCGAUAGUUUGGACUGGUGGUUGUUGUACACAGGUUUGACUGUAAUUUACUCUCUCUUUGUGAAACGAGUGCAAAAACCCCAUGCAGGGCUGUCACUAAGCGCUGGAUGCCUGGGAAUUUCCCCUGGCUAUUCUGAGCAUAACUCACAGAUGCUUUCAUGGGACACAAAAGGAGACUGAACCAACCGAACUUUCUUGCUGUUAAACCACCACCUUCUAAUUGCAUAUAUUGCAGUGUACCCUGCAGCUUAAAAUGGUAGUGACAGCCCUGCAGAUGUAUAAAAGAACUGAUUACCACAGAAGAGCUUGGAGGGUAUAUUUUUUAACAGUGUGAUGCUUCUUCUUUGUAGUGAAAGAGCAGCAAAGUUUUAUGAACAAGCUCUCCUCUUGGUUGAUUGUUGUAGGAUCCCAGAGGCCAUUAGAUUGUUGGAACAGGUUUGUGAAAUUCCUGUAGUCCUUAUUAAAAAUUAAUAUAAAAUAUUCAGGGUAAGGUACAUUGUACCAAAAACAAAAUAAGCGUACCUGUGGUAAUUCAGGCUGAUUUGCAUUCUCUUACAUACACUGUACCUUUUACUCAAAAUAAUUUUCUAUUGGUCUCCAUGUACUUGAAUCCAUAUGCUGUCGUCAUUUCCAUCAAUUUUUUCUUUAGGGGCUACAUGCACCCAUGUUUGGGUUAAAGGGCUUAUCAUGAUCUGUGAGCUGUUAUUUACAGCUAAAUUCCCAAAGAGGAAGGAUUUUAAACCAUCAGCAUCCUCACUCUCCCCUCUCUUCACUAACAAAGCAAAAAUGUGUGAUUGCAGGAAUGUGAGUUUGCUUCUGUGUCCAUGGGCUUUAUCUGAUCGUCUAACCAUAAUUUAUUAAUUUUUUCAGGCCAUUAGAAUCAGUCCUGAUUCUGAAAUCUACAAAGAAUCCCUGGCUAUUCUUCAAAUGAGCUACUUUCCUUCAGAACAACAGGGUGUUAGCUAUGCCAGUGUCACCAGACCAAAGCUGGACCAGGAUGAUGGACAAGAUUACAUCUCCUCAUAUGAGUGGAAGACAGAAACACGGAAGACCAAAGAUAAUCCAAAUAAGACUUCUUGGUCCUCAACUUUGUCCUCGAGUUUCCAUGAUGUUGGUCAUGAACAAUCUAGCAUUGAGAAUCCUUGGGCAUCUUUUGUGAAAAGAAAUUCAAGGAGGAAAAAAUCUCCCAGAAGUCCAAUUGAUGGUAUUAGUGAAAUUGAAAUUCCUCCUGGAAAUGAUGACUUUUACUCAGGGAGUCCAAGUUACCAAGACAAAGAAAACACUCCUAUAUCAACUAACAACUCACAGAAAGGCAGGCAUACGGAUGAGAGGUCUGUGGGACAUACACAGGAGCACUGUAUUGACGGAUCAGCUGAUUUUGUGUUCAAAAAAGGCAACUGUGCUGAAAAUGAAGGCACAAAUGGUAAUGGAAAUCUUGAUGCAAAAUUUAUGAAAGAGUUUUGUAUGGCACGCGAAUCGGCCACUGAUGAUUGGGACAAAUACUAUGAGGUUUUGUGUGGUGGAAUAGAAGAAAAGGAAACUUGUAGUAACACAGAUACUUUAUGCCAAAACACAAACAAAGUUCGUGAAAGUUCUGAUUAUUUGGAUGAAAUUGAUGAAAUGGACAAGGAAAAAUGCAGGAAUUACAAAGGAAAGGACCACUUGACUGAGAGGCUUGAUGGUAGCUCUAGUAGCAAUGUUUGCUCAAAAUGUGGACUGUCAAGAGAAAGUGGAAGUCCCUCGUCAAGCGGGACAAAAAACAGAAUUCAUUUUGUAAAUGGGGUUUGUGUUUCUAGCCCAAGUGGACAAACUUGUACUUGUAACAAACAAUGCAAAGUUAAUUCACAAAGACAGUCUGCCAAGGAUCCGCUUUCGUCUUCACAGCAGGAGUUUUAUCAUAAUCUUCGACAAUACUUCGGAAGCAGUAAAGUCAAAACUGGAAAGGCAGCAAAGGAAGUUGAAAAUGAUGAGAGGAGUUCUGAGUUAAAUCAGAAAUCUUCUUCAGCUUGUAGUUUUGAUACAAAUGUGUCAACAACCGCUGUAAAGAAUGAUGAACCUUUCAAUGCUAAACCAAAACCUAAUGUUGGUGAAACUGCACAACAUAGUGUUAAAGGUGAAUUGAAAAGCGAGAGAAGGAAUUCAAGGGAACAUGUCAAUAACUGCAAAGUUACUGCUGCUGACACUGCCUCUGAGUCCAGAAAGGCGAAAACGUCGCUUGAUUCCAAUCAAAUGAAAGCAGACAAGAAAUCAUCUGGUAAAGAGAAAUUCCAACCUGUAGACAAACAGAAACAAAGAAGUCACAACAAAGUCCCAAGUAAAACCAAAGGAUCAACAAAGGCUGAGCACUCAAAGGACAAGGUCGAUGGUGAAUCAAAUGGUGAUGACACACAAAGACAGCAUUCCAGAGCAAACGAAGGUGUCAAAUCAAAGGUUAACCACAAAAGAGGAGUUGCUGAAGACACCCCCAGACCUGCGCCAGAACCAGAAACCAUAAAGAGACCAAACCGGAAACAGAAAGAAAAAAAAACCUCUACAGCAGUGGCUUAUUGCACUGGGCUCAUUGAAGCUGUUUAUCAAAGAGGUAUUUGUAGCAUGUAGAUUGUACAAUGUAUACUGCAUUAAUUUUUAGGUAUGCUGCUCUUCCAAAGUAGCUCUCUCAAUAAAAAGCUAAGUGGGAACCCUGUGUGGGUCACUUGGUUGGGUUAACUGUGUAUGUCUUCAGUCACUCUUUGAUGAACUAUUUCAAUGUAUUUGGUGAGAUUCGUGGAGGCUUAUGAAAGGCAAUUUUCUUCAUGUAGGUUUAAAGUUGGCAUCAAAGUGUCUCCAUGUUUCGAAGUGGAUUGCUUAUUACGUCCUCUUUCUGGUUUGCUUGAUCAUCACCUUUAUUCUAUUCUGGUAAGCAAAUCUAUCAACCUACAGUCAAACCUUCCAUAAGUGAACACCCAAAAUGCAGAGACUGAGUGGUCGCUUACGGGAGGUGGUCAUUUACAAGAAUCAAACCCUGGGGGGCCUCUUCCAAGAAGAGGUCCAGGCACAUCUACUUUGUGGAAAAUAAUUUAUUGCAUCCAAUGUCUAACUUACAACAUCUGUAGUUCCAUGUUGUCACGAUGCUUUUUGUAUAUUCUAAGAAGUAUAAUACACACAGCAAAAAUAGAGAUCAGCGAAGGCAUCAAGUGGUCACUUACUAUAGGUAAAAAACAAUGGAAAAUGAUUAACCGUCAAGCCCAAAAAGUGGUCACAGUCGCUUACAGGAGGUGGUCAUUUACUAAAGGUUCCAACUGUAAGACUUUGACUUGGAAAAUUUUGGUGUUUUGGAUUGGUGAUCACUUACGAGAGGUGGUCUUAUAUGGAGGUUUGAUUGUAUUUUGAUGUUACUGUGUUAGGCCAAUGCAGGGGUUUCAAUAAGCACCGACGACUGACAAAACUUGUCAGCUACACUUCUCAAAGAAGUUGGCUACUUUUUCCCCGAAGAAGAAGCAACUAGUUUGAAUAAUGUCAUGGACAAAAAUAUAAUUUGUUCUUGUGGAAAUGUUUGUAACUUAGUAUAAUUAUCAUUUGUUCAUUGCUUGCAGGAGUUAAUUGUGUGGCUAAUAAAUCAGAAUUUGACUAAAACCCAAAUCUUCUUAAAUGGAAAACUUGCUCUUUUAUACUCAGUUUAGUCCCCUAAAUGCUGGAAACUGCUUAUUAGGGCUUUGCAAUUUAAAAUUUUCUGAGGAAGCAUGCCCCCAGACACUCCUUGAAAACGUGGACUGUUGAAACAGUUGGUUACUCGAUUCAAAUCUGCUGGCUACUUCAAAUUUUCUUGAAACCGCUGCCAAUGGUAAGGGUCCAGGCAAGCUAGGAAUCCUGUAACUAAAUCAUACACUAAGAUUAGAAAACUGGAUAUUGACAAGUGAGCGAUGUAAACUUUGUUAUUUUAUCUUCUCAGUGUUUGGUAUACUGCUUCAUGGCUGGUCAGAAAGGUGUUUCACUUUUUGAAAGUGGACAGGUUGUUUGGUGCGGUGAGGAGCAGAAUCUCACCUCUGUUUGAGUGGCUUAGGAAGCGCAGAGGAACACAACAAACAACUGCUACACAAGGAUCAACCUAUGACUUACCCAAGAAUGGUAAUUGAGUGUACAUUAGUGAGGGCCUGGGAAGUGUUUUGUUAUUAGCCAAGAUCAGUGCUGGCUACUGGCACAUUUUUACAACUACUUUGUACAUAACUUAGAGAUGGAGGUUUUUGUUAAAUAUAUGCAUUUUGCUGUAUUCAAAUACAGAACUAAUCCCUACAGCAAAUCAGAGCUAAGCUCUAGCAGCACAUGGUAGCCCAUGCCGCCUUACCUCUUGAUCAAUAAUAUUAAGCAGUCUUAGCUUUUUUAACAGAAAUCCUAUUCUAGGCACCCUGGAUUUCUCAGGUUUAGAGGAUUAUGCCCCCUUCAGUUUUCUAAGAGCAGAGCCUUUCAUAGUAUGAUCACUGAAAGUGUCUUCCUUUUUACCAUUUUUUAUUCAGGGGAUGCUGCAAUAACACACAUGCUGCAAAAUAAGGAUAGUGACCCAUACAGGUCUGUGUGUAACAAGAAUUUGCCUCAGGGGAAGUGUAUGAAGUUUGUAUUGGGUGUACAUUGAAACUUGUGUUAACCAAAUGCCUUAACCUUCUAAUGCUAGUGUCUGGGUUAUAGCUACAUGUCUGCUUAAUUCUGUUUAGUUUUACAGAAAAUUAAUACAUGUGUGUAUGAGGGAAAAACAUUUGGGACUUAGUUAAUAUUAUUUAUCUUUAGUUGUGUGUGCUGAAGAUGAUCCAGGGUGGCUUGUUUACAUAUAGAUGAAAGCAUUAGCAAAAUGGUGUUUAUGUGCAUGAUUAGCAUAACUGUUUCAACUGUUUCAACUGUUUAUUAAUUAUCACAAAUUUUACAGAAAGCAAUAUCCACUGCCCGCAGUUAGCAGGUUAGCUAGUCGAGGCGAGCAGUGGUUACACGUAUGUAAUACAUAUACAUAUAGAUCACAAGAAAGACUAGAGAAAAAGAGUAGUUAAAUAAAUAAACAAAUAAAUAAAAAUAAAUUCAAUUUAAUUGAGUUUACAAUCAUGGACAUUGCAAAUAUAAGAAGCCAAGUUUUCAGGAAAUUUUUGUUAUUAAGUCAGGUAAAUCAAUAUAAUCAUAAGGCACCAUUAAGGCAACAGCAUGAAGACUGCAGAAAAAGAGGAGUUUCAUGAGAAGCUCAACUUUUUCUUGUGUUUAUACAUGCACUUGUGCUGUGUCAUUUACACAUAAUAAUGACAAUGACUAGCUACAUGUAAAUUCUUCCAUUCCUCCAUUUUCCCUCCCAUCCAUUCUUUCGUUGCCAUUGCCAAAAUAAAUAAAGUACAAUGAAAAGUGUAGAUAAUGAAUUCAUAGCAAUUGGUGGUUUGUAAUAUUGCAGUGUCCUUGGAGUACCUAGUGAUGCUUCAGAUGAUGAUAUUAGAAGACAAUACAGGAAACUUGCUGUACUAAUACACCCAGACAAGGUAUGGGACACUUCAUUACGUGGUAUAAUUCUACUACAUUUGUUUUAAAUGAUAGACUGAAAGCACAGUUUGGAAAAGGACAUCAUCAGCAACUCCUCUUAGACAAGUCAAGUCCUGGUAUAAAAGAAUUAUGGUUGGAGACAUGCCAAGUUGAGGAGAUCCUCAAUCAGGAAUCUAAGACCUUAUGGAAAAAAAAUGAAACUUAAAGACACAAACACACAAUAAUGAUGUGACUUUGUGGGUGAUCAGAAGUGAUUCCCAGUUAUUGAGAUUGCCAAGCCUUUCCUUAAGUGUUGUGUUGCUAACAUCCUAUUUCUACAGCUGGGUGGCGACAGACCGUAAUUGUGGCACAGAGCUUCAAAGCUGAGGAAGAACUAAAUGGCAGUGAAUUGCAUACUUCAAAUUCCUACUUUCAAAAUUUAUCCAACUUUUGAACAUGUCACCAUGCAACAGAACUACCAUGAGAAUUAAUGAUUACCAGCAAUGUUAAUGUUACUUUUUCUCUUAGAACCCACAUGGUCAAGCUGAUGAAGCAUUCAAGAUUCUUGCCAAUGCUUUUGACAUUCUUAGUGAUGCAGUAAGUGCCCAAAACAGUACCUACAUGCAGAUUAAUAAUUUGUUUUGCUAGAAUAGAACAUUAGAAUAGGGAGGAGAAGUCGUUAUAUCACAUUGCCGUGGUAGCAAAAUUUUUGGAUGACAACAAACGGAAAAUUCUCUUAAAAAAGUAACUUCGCAUUGUCUUAAACUUCAUCGAUCUUAUUCAAUUUCAUUUAAUUUGUCAAAUGCUUGUGACAUUUCCUGGGUUGAAUCCAAAAGGACCGUAUCUGAGUUUAGAAAAAGGAAAAGAAACCUUCUGUGUUGUGUUCAACUACUCCGUAAAGUGGGCGCGUGAAAUGAGAAAGUUUCAUGUCGCAGUCGUGCAACGAUGGCUAACAAAUGUGCAUAAAGGUGUGAUGCACUUGCAAAGUGUUGUUGUUUUACUGAUAAUUAUAGUCUUAUUGCUUUUUUUGCCGUUCUUGUUGCCGUCGCCGUCGUUGUUGCCUAAGCUCCCUUUUGUUAACUUCCAUAAAUUUUUGCUACCAUGGUAACGUGACGUCACACUUCUCCUCUGUAUUAAAUAUUACAUAAAAAUACUGUGAAAGAGGGUGCAUUUAUUUCAGUCACAUAAUUGGAUUUCAUCCAUGCUUCAAAAGUUAAAACUGUGCACUAAAUUUAGGCAUCCUACUGAUGAACAGUUGGGACAUGUAGAUACAUUUUUUAGCAACUACUAUAAUUUGCCGUCUGUCUACUUUGAAUACAUUGGACCUUAUGAAAAAGUACUGCACCCAAUAAUAUAUUCAAAAGGUGGAUUUGUUGGAUGGAUAGCACCAUCCAACAUUUCAACAUCCAAAGCCUGGUGAUGUUUUAUUUGAAUAGUCACAACCACAGGAUUCCCUUGAUAGACACAUCAGUUGUGAUUACGUACACUUCACUGGGUAUUGUUUGUUAAGAUUACACUUGUAAUAAUUUACAAUGUAUGUUUAAAACAGGAUAAGCGCAGAGAUUAUGACAGAGAAAUGGCGUGGAAGAGGAGAGAGGAGGAAUGGGCAAGUGCCAGUAGAAAGGUAAUUUUAACCUUAUAACAACAAUAAUUAUCCCUUACUAUUCGCCAUUGUGGCAUUGCCUAUAAUAUACCUCAUUUCCCCGUCAACAUUUUGCUAAGAUAUUGUUUGCAGUUUCUCGUGGGCAUUGCAGUGAUCCUAAGACAAACUGAAAACUAUGAUUUUGGGGAAUGCAAAAGUAGCACCCCCCCGGAUGUGAUACCAGUCCAAUACAACGCUGGAAAAGAGUUUACAACUGGCUCAUAUUUGCCCGGAAAACGGAGACAUCGGCUAAUUUUUAUGGUGCGGUUUAGUAACACUGUAGUAUAUUCCUUGUAGGAGGGAAGUUCUGGCCAUCCUUCCAGUCCUGAACAAUUUUUUGCUGAUCUUGGGAAAGAAGAUGCAAGAGGUAUGAUACUGUCAUAGAUCACGCAACUAUUCCAGGGGUAGAUUGAUCAAUAUGUUGUUGACAGUUAAGUUAGUAUAUUACGUAAAACUUAAGCUUGUCCAAAAUGUAUGAAUAUUUUGCACGUCCAGUGAAAAGAUUUUCAGUCAAUUGGUGAUGGGGGAAUUAUCCCUGUAAGGAUCGAGGAAGGCAACUCCAGUGGCAAUAAUUACAGUGUGAAGCAAAUUUCUUCUCGCGGCACAACCAAUCAGAAGUACUACACAGAUCUGGGUAGUAACGCGUCAUCAGUAUGGAAUUUUUGUGCUCGUUUCUCAGACGUCAUUUCGUGAUAAAACUAGUGAUGGCGUCGAGAAAUGUCGACUGAUUUCUCAGGGUAUUAUUUUCCUUAGGGAUAGUUGAGCAAGCGAAAUACGCGAGGGUACACCCCCUGGAAAAUGAGGGAUUGCUCAUAGUCUCACACCAAUUUUUUAACAGCUUAACUAAUAGAGCCUGUUCCAGGUGGUCAGACAGUGGAUUAUGGCGCAAAGUCAGCGAGCGGGAAAAAGUAAGGGAGAGGGAGAGGGAGAGAGAGAAGGGAAUGCUCACUCCCUACCCCACCCCUCGGUGUUUUUCCUGUUCACAUCUCUCUCAUUUCUUGCACUGUCCCACAAUCUGAACGGCUGUGACAAGGCUAAGACUAACGCGUAUGCAUCAUACAUAAGUCUCAGAUUUCUCUCUUUUCUAACGCAGAUGCAAAAUUAUUUACACUGUAAUCAGUGCGAUGGAAAACACCGCCGCUACAGCACAGACCGGUUUGUUCUGACGGCGCGGUAUUGCAGUCGUUGUAACACAAGACAUGCUGCAAAAGAGGUAAGGAAUCACAAUGUUUUAGUGUCAAGGGAAAAAUUCUCCUUACCGAGCUCCAUUCAUUUCCUAUACUGCUAAUAAGGAUAAGUUGUUUUCAUAUCGGCUUCGGUUAAAUUUGGCGAUCAUGUUCUCCUUUUUGAAGAACUUGAUCAUCUCAAUCUAAUUUUAUUCUUUUGUUUUGUUUGUUUGUUUUUUCCAGGGAGAUUUGUGGGCGGAAAGCAGUUUUCUUGGUUAUAAGAUUCACUUCUACGCUUGCAUGGAGGGUGAAGUCUAUGAUGUCACUGACUGGGCAGCGUGCCAGGUACAUCUAUACACUUAGCAGAAAUUCUCAGAUUUACCGUCAUUGCGCUCUGGGUAUCAGAGCCACGAGAAAAACUUGCGAAAUCGGAAAGCGUGCGUGAUAAUUCUGGGUACCCAGGGCGCACAGAUUUUCGAUAUCUACAUUGGAGUGCUAUGAAAGUGCCAAAGGGGUGUUUUAUGGUGCGAGGCAGUAAAAACGUCUUUAUUUUGACCAUCUGAUGACUGCAAGUAAUCAUUCUGGGAAGGACAGUGUUUUAUAGGUGCCUACCUCAAGGCAACAGCGGCCUUCGGAGCCUGUUAUUUCAACGAGGGAUUAUUUUUGUGGUCCUCUUAAAUGGUGUUCAAUCAAAAAUUACAUUUGUACAACACAACUGGGUAAACAACUGGGUACGGCAUCCUCGUUCAAGGGUUUCUCUCCUACUCUUGCUCUGAACUAGCCAAUCACAACAGAGGCAGAGUAUCCGUUGGACCAACCAGAAUUUUAAACGUUUAGCGCGGGAAAAAACGUGGGCGAGCAAUUUACGAUUGGUUGGUUUCUUAUUGGUUAAAAGUGGCGGGAAAUCAAAGCAAACGUGAAAUUUCCUUUUGAAACAAUUCUGAAAAAAAAGUGCUUAAGAAAAGACUUGUUGUUUGCAGGGUCUCGGCAAUUAUCGAUUGGAGGCCAAUCCUCAUACGGUUCACCUAAAGCUCAAGACUCGACAAUCCUAUCCUGGCGGCUUUAACUCAAGGUAGGUUCGCUUAUCUUAUAUCUAAAUUGCUCUGUAGAGGGUUUCAAUUGGAUGGUGGCAGUUACAGUUAAUGGUUAGUAUUUUUCGCAUUUCUACGGCUAAAGGUGAAUUUCAGUCUCACCGUUACGGUUAACAGACAUCUGAAGGAGAAAAAAAUUGUUUUGAAAAAAGUCAAAAGUUUUUUUUUUUAUCUAGGCUUCUAAGAACCUUUUCAAAAUGGAAAACACAGGUUGAAAUAGUGUCCAUCAGCAACUAGUUCAUUCAUUUUUUUCAAGCGCUGUUGAAACUUUCUCCUUGACUAGUGGCCUUAAAAUCUUUUACGGUUAACUAACGAUUUAAACAACACCGUUCGGUUCUUACGCGUUGUUUCCCUAACAACUAAAAUGUUUACCCAGGUGUUUUUGCUGGGGGUAACCCUGCGAUGGACUAGCAUCCCGUCCAGGGGCGACUGUGACCAUUUUACCUUCUUAUUACGACUAACGAUUAAACAAGUUCGGUUCUUACGCUCUAGUAUUUUUACGGCCGAUUUUUGUGUAUUAAUUUUUUGAACAUGAAACUCAAAGCUUUCCCAAAUUCUACCCAUUUUUUGUUGUAUUAUUCUCCAUCUAUUCAGAUUUUACCUUGUAAAAUGGUUUUUGUUUGCUGCUUUUUUACAGGUCAGAAGAAGAAGAUUUUGAAAAUUUCAUGCGUGCAUUUUUCGGUCAGUUUAACCCGCCUAGGGAAGAACGAAACCAAGGAUCAAAUAAGCAGCCCAAGAAACGCAAGAGGAAGAAGCGCUAACUAACAGCUGAUGGGUCCUACAUAGACCGCUUGUGUUGUGUAAAAGCCGUCAGAGCUAACGUGUGACCUUUUUUGUGCUAAGGGUUUCUGAUCGUAUAUUCUUCUUCGAAGUAGUCUUCGGUUGAGUAAGCGUCCACAGACUCAAAAGUUAGUACCACCUUGUACCGUAUAAUAAGCAAUACCACGGGAAAGUGAUGCUCAGUAGCUGCUCUUUGUUGGUCACUGUUAGGAUUAGGUUUCUAAGAGUGGUAAUACUGCAGGAUUCUUGGGUUAGAACUACCUUGAAGAGUACAAUAAUUAGACUCCUGGACGAAAAACUACAGUGUAACCAUUCAAGUGAUCAUUUUCCAGAGGGUUAAGUUUUCUUUUCUCGCUCUUCGUAAGGGAAUGGCUUGUUUAACCUUAAGUUAGACAAUGAGCAGUUUUCUCGAUCUUCGUUCUUCCUUCUUUUUUUCUUUUUUCGAAAAAGAAAAAUUCCACGCGCGCGACUGCUGCUGACGCCCUCGCUGUUCGCGUGCGUACCACCCCGACCAACUUCGAAGAGAGUAAGGGAUAGAAAAAAAUUAAAAAGAAAAAAAAAAGAAACUGCUUUAUAUCAAAAUUCAAUUCAUAACCUGUAGGGUUACAGUUCUUAAAAAACAUUAAGUGUUGUGAAAACAGAAACCGUGCUGUUUGGGGGUUGAUUAGCGAAUAUAUCUUUAAGAAUGUCAGCCGAUAUAAUAUUAAGUGCAUACGUGGUGAGGUUUAUAUAGAAUU